GCAAAGAACCCUUUAAUCAUUCCAUACAGCAUCAAAAUGGGUUCUGCUAUUGUUACAGACUUGACAUCGAAACAACAAAAGAACCCUUUUUGGUGCUACAUAGAACCCUCUUCAAAAAUGUUCUAUAUAGAACCUUCAGGACAGGACAUUUCACCAUGCAAAGGACCCUUUAAAUCAUCCAAAGCGUUCUUCUGAGUGUUCAUGGUUUUAUAUAAAACCACUUUCUUUACUAAAAAACUCUUGAAGAACUAUAAUGUUUUAGAGUGUAGUGCACUAUAUAAGGAGCAGAGAGCAAUUUGAGAUUUUGGAUUUUUUUUCUCGUUUGUCAUCUUUACACCUUCUUAUAUUGUUAUUCCUUUAGUGCGUAAUAUUUUAUGUUUUUAUAUAAAAGGGACAGAGGAGUUGGUGAUGUCGUCCUUCAUUUUCUGUCGUCCUAAUGUUCGCCGUUCGAAUAUAUGGCUGCUAUUUAAUAAACGGAAAAAGUUUUGCGUUAGCCGUUUUAUAGUGAGGUGCGUUAGAUGUAUUUGGUUCAUUGUGCAUAGAAAUACCAUUGAUGCUAAUUUGCUCGCAAUGAUUGUCUAAUAUGCUGGUCCUGCCUUGUCAAAAUGUUCUACUGUGGCGUGUACAUGUAGCUCUCAAUGUAAAACCAUAUGUAGGAUGUUUUGAUAGCCUAAAAUCACCUCAUCAAAAAAAUUUCCAGCUAAUUUUCCAGCAAUAUUAUUUUGAUGUGCUAAAUCAGCGUAUUGGAGGGUAUGUAGAAGCAGAAACGUGCAUUUCCUGAAGGAAAAUGCAGAAUGGUUGCACAGCUUAAAUGGUUCCAACUUCCUGCUAGGUUGCUAUGGUAUCCAAGGUGGUUUAAGGUGUUGCUAGGUGGUUGCUAAGGUAGCACAGAUGGUUGCUAUGGUAUUGCUAGGGGUUUGGUAUUCCAGGUGGUUGCUAGGCGGUUGCUAUGGUGUCACAGGUAGUCCCUAAGGUGUUGCUAGGUGGUUGCUAGUGGACUGCUAGGUGGUUGUUAUGGUAUCCCACAUGGUUGCUAAAUUGUUGCUAGGCAGUUUCCAUGGUGUAUGAGGUGUUUAAGUUGUUCAUAAGCAGUUGCUAAGUGAUAGCUGUGUGUUGUUGAAAAUGAAUGGGAGUCUAUGAGAGGAGGGAGUACAUGUACUUUGGUGGCUGUCAGGAAAAAGAAAGAUUAGGGCUUUGUUGGGGCAAAAAAUGAAUGGGACUCUAUGGGAAGGAAUGAGGGAUGAAAAACAACACACAGAAACAUGCGGGUCAACCAUAAAUAUAAAGCUCUGUCAGUAUAAUACACUUGACAUUAGGCUGAAUUAGCAUCAAAAACACAGUAAAACUAGGUAACUUAGUAUAGUAAGUUACCAUACAAUACUAAUAACAUGCUAAUGUGCAGUAGGACCACUAAAUGAGUGGGAUAGAUUGUUGGACCACCUUGUUCACAAGGGUUUAUGAUGUAAAAGUACAUCCACCUAGUGGUUAAUAGAGAAGCUGCAGGAUUCUGUGUCUACAGGACUAAAGCUAACUUUCAAAAGUGGCUGUUUAGGAUGGCCCAUGGUCAGUUGGACCAUUCUGAGCGAGGGUAGCUAACACACUGCGCCCUCUAGUGGACAAAAACACACUGGCAAAUGUGAUUUGAGUUUAGGUUUAAAUCAACAAGAUAAACAUUUUUUUCUUGGUGUAGCUGCAUAGAACAUCAAGACGUUUCAAAGUGAAAUGUCUCAUUAAAAAUUGAAUAGACUAAUUUUACUAUUAAAUAUUGACACUGUUUAAAAAUCAGAACUGAAAAUGCCCAUCUUUGAGUCUUUACGAUGCUCCACCUAGUGGACAUUCACUGAAAGUGCUGCUGAUUCCUAGUUGAACUGGUUGUGCAUGUGUAUUGUGUUGGCAAAUUGAUUCAUCUGAGAAAAAUGUUUCCAUUUCGAAAUGAAAGGAGUCUUGAUGGAAAUAAAAUUUUGAAUGGUCCAGUGUGAGCUGAUUAUUGAGCUACAGAUGAAUGUGUUUACUUCAGAAAAUCAUCAACCAGCUUCUAAGACUGAACUUUAAUGGUGUGUAAAAAAAUCCCUGCUCAUUUCUUUGGAAAACUACAUCUUUAUCUAUAAAUGUUUUAAUUAAAGGUUUCUCUAUGUGUGUGUGCUGUGUGAGUUAACUUCAAGUGAUGUUGCGUAAGAUCUUGCCACAUUUCAGCAGCAUGUGAGAAAGAUCAGAUACUGACUAUUACUUUUUGGACACACACACACACACACACAAACUCAAAUGAACGAAUGCACAGGCGCACGAACCUGUACCAUAUUAACUCGGGCCCUGGAUAACAGUGGACAGCCAUGCUAACCGCAGUGAUUCUGAUGACCAUCUGCUCCACUGCAGACAUGACUGGAGUCAGACUGGUGGAUGGCGAUGACCAGUGCUCCGGGAUACCAGAAGUCCUUCAUGAGGGUGAAUGGUGGGGAGUGUUCAGUUAUUUUUUUUUAUACAGAGAUGCUGUGUUGUUCUGUAGGGAGCUGGACUGUGGGAAUGCAGUCAGUGUUUCUUUAAAAAGUGAUUUCAGAGGCCGGAAUGAGAAAGAAUGUAUUUUAAUUAGUGAAGACCAAAAAUCAUCCAUUUCGGAGUACCAAACACUCACCCUCACCCUCGAAUCAAAUUUUCUCAACACCAGCACAGUUUUGGUCUGUUCAGACUCUGUGAGGCUUGUGGACGGAGCUGGACGCUGCUCUGGGAGAGUGGAGGUGAAGUUCCAUCAGUCCUGGGCUUCAGUAUGUGAGUCUGACUUUGACCAGCAGGAUGCAGAGGUAGUUUGUAGGGAGCUGGGCUGUGGGACUCCACAAACUCUACAGGGGGCGCUCUUUGGAGAAGGGAAACAUCAAUUUGGGACCAAAGAGUUCCAGUGUGAAGGUACAGAGAACCGUCUCCUUACCUGUAGCACCUCAGACAGAGAGGAGAACACCUGCACACAUGGCAAAGCUGUGGGACUCACCUGUUCAGGACCUGAGGAUGUGAGGCUGGUGGACGGGAGCAGUCGCUGUGCCGGAACGGUGAUGUUUUACAGUGGAGAGUGGAGAAGAGUGGGCUCACAAAGUUGGUCCAUGAGAGAGGCUGCUGUGGUGUGCCGACAGCUGGACUGUGGCUCUGCUGUUUCAGCUACAAAGAGAGUGUCUUCUGAAACUGGAUGGAGCGUUUACAUUGGCUGUAAAGGAUCUGAAUCUGCAUUGAGGGAAUGUUCAAUCAUGAACACUUUUGAGAUCAAGUUCCUUGGGAGAGUGAUGUGUUCAGGUCUCCUGGUCAAACCCUCCAUCUCUUUCUCUACUCCCAUAAGAGUGUCAAGGGGUCUUCAGGGACCAGAGGUGUUCCGGGGCCACAGCUUCACAAUCACCUGCUCCACUCAGCCGCAGUACCCAGGAGGAUCCUUCCACCUCAAAUUGCCCUGGACCAGAAGCAACGACAAGGCAGCUGUCAAUCACUCAGCCUCCUUCCUCUUUCCUGCUGCCGAUGAUUCCCACCAGGGGAGCUACAGCUGCGUCUAUGAGAAUAAAGAGGUCUAUCAGUUUGAAAAUGAGAUUGAGUUGGAUUCUGGGUCUUUCGUCCCAACCUUCUUCUCUGAAAGUGAACCUAUAUCCAUCAUCGUAACAGAUUCCCCAUUACCUGAAGCAACUACCAGAAUGCUGCUGGUACCAUUGCUGUUGCUGACUAUCUGCCUGUUUAUCUUUUUGGCCUCCAAAAAGUGGGGACAUGUCAUCAUGAGAAUCCAACCAGGGAACAAGAGGGCAGCUGCAGUCCAGUCAGAGAACAUAGAGAUGAACUCCCUGCAGCCCAAUGCUGAAGAGCCGUAGAGAGUGCCUGUAGAAGAGCUUUGAGAAAGAGGAAGGCCUCUUAGCAAAAAUGCAUUGUAAUGUACAAAUGCUCGAAUACUCAAUGUGGAUUUGAUAAGGAUUAUACAGACUUAUUAUUCAUUAAUAUGGAUUUAAACAGUUAUCAGACCUCAGUACUUACACUGCUGCAGUUGUGCUAUAUUUCCAUUUUAAACCAUGCAUGUUCAUAUUCAAGUUCACUUUGUAUGGUAGACAGGGGUUAGCGUUGCCAUUUCACAGAUGCUCUGGCCAUAACAAUUUGUCCCUUGUCAAAAUCGCUCAGGUCUUCACACUGGCCCAUUUCUCCUGCAUCCAACACGUCGACUACAACAACCGACUGUUCGCUUACAGUCUAAUAUCCCAGACCUUGAAAUAUGCCACUGUUACGAGACAGUCAACAUUAGUUGU